AUGAACAACAGCGCAACGUCGCCCUUUGGACCUGGCCUGCAAGUGCCAAUAUCGUCCGCCUCGCCCAGCGGCUCCAACAACACCACAACAGGUAGACCACCACUUUGGAACUCAUCUUCACGACGCAAAAUGUCACGUCUAUAUCUCUACACCACACUUCCUUUGGAUAAAAUAGUGGCUGUUGUACAUGCAAAGUCACCUGAUACAGUACCUGGUCAGGACUCGGCCCACAAGACGCUCAACGCCAUGCUUAACAAGCAACCACGAUGGCUUCACCCAAGAAAUGAAGGUGAUAUGGCACGGCGAUUAGAAGAAUUGUCGCUUUCCCCCACGCGAACCAACUCAACAUAUAAUUCAAUUUCAUCUCCCAUGCAAGAUACUCCAGGAUCAAUACCUGCUCUCAACACUGUUCCAACGCCACAUCUUGUUCGAAAUCCUACUAGGGCUUCACUCGAAGUUCCACCUUUCAACCAAUACUCCCAGCCUCAACGGCAUAACACAAGCAGAUCUACCGCUCAAGCACGGGAGCAAGAAGAAAACAGCCAUUUUAAAACUUUCUUGCAACGACCAACAUUCAUGACUACGUCGACAGAUUGCACAACAGGGACAUUUCAAAGCCUGCUCAAAGGCUAUGAUCACCCAUAUGUCAAGACAGUAAAGCGUCUUAUUAAACGAUAUACAGCACCCUUGAGUCGAAGAGGAUCCAGUCUCUCGCCCAUAUCCGACGAGGAACCGACUAUGACUUCUUGGCUAGGAGACCGAGAUGCUCCUGUCUGUCUACCAAACGGCCCUUACUACAUGCCCGGCAACUUUCUAUGCAUCGACGACAUCGCCCAGAACAACCAUACAUGUUUUGAAGGUACUGAGGAGCAUAUGAAAAAGUCAUGUUUCUGCCGGCCUAUGCAGGAGCUCAGGGAACCAGCUUGGAUAACAGUGCAGGGCUUCUCCGAGACUGGUUACAAUGCCCUGACCCUUGCUGUCAACAACUCCUCGUUCGAGGAACGUGACCAGUUUGGUCACACCGUUUUCCACCUCAUGGCGGCGAGGUUCAUGGGAGACGAGCUUUUUGAAGCAAUCCGAUCAGUUCAAGACGUGGCUAUUCUCAAUGAGCAAAACACAGCUGGACAGACACUAUUACACGUGUUGCACACUUCCUGGUUUAACAGUGGAAUUUAUCUGCAACACCUGCUGGAUAUACUCGCUGGGAAAGGCUUCGACUUUAGCGCACGCGAUCACUACGGCCGUUCCUUUUCCCAUAUCCUCCUUCUCAGAGACGAAUCAGUUAGUCUCCGAAACCACCUACUUCAGCUUUGUGGUCCUACAAGUUACCAGAAGAGGGAUGCAUUCAAUAUGACCCCUACCAACGCAGUGAUCCCAGAGCCCACCAUCGGAAUCAACAGAACAUACACUCAGGCUAUGGACAUUGACCCCCCAGUACCAACGUCGCGACAGGACAGCGCCGACCCUUACCACACAACCGAUCUUCAACAAGAAGCACGCACCCUCGAAUACAUUAGAGCCGCAGUAAACGACCCACUACUCGAAGAUCCGGAAGGCCGAAAUGGACUACAAUGUCUCGCCGCCGCUACACUAAGCUCAGUCAGCGUCACACAAAAAUACAACCUCGAUAAGGAAGGCAUGCCAAACUAUCAAAAGAACAAAAGAGACAAGGCUGCCAAAUAUUCUGAUUCAAGUACCAGUUGCUUGGAGUUCCGUCGAACGCUCUUGGAGAGCCUUUUAGCAGCAGGGGUUGACCCAAACCACUACGAUAUCCGUGGCAACACACCUCUCAUGGCCUUUGCCGCACAACUCCCCGAAGACGACGACUACACAAUUGGCCCAGAUAUCAUCAAAGAUCUGAUCAAAGCAGGUGCACGUAUCAACGCUCGCAACAGAGCAGGCGAAACAGCGUUGCACAUCGCCGUCCGCUGUGGUCACAAGCUAGCUGCUAAGCAACUCGUCAAUAGUGGUGCGAAUGUGCACGCUCGCGAUGCAGCAGGUCGAAGUGUUCUGGACGUCGCUGAUGUGAAGAUGAGGAGUCUGAGGGGCCAAGACGAGGCUGAAUAUGCACACCUUGAGGCUUGCCGGGCGUGGUUGAGCGGGACAUCAGGCGGUGCUGUACAGGAGCCCACCGUGAUACAAGAGUGGGAAGUUAGUGGAAAAGGAGAGAAUUAG